GUUGGGCGGUGCCUUGUGGUUUGUGGGGUGCAACGGAUGGCGCGCUACGAUACAAACCUGGCCACCCUCCCUCCCACCACCACCACGAAGAGUCACCACCCACUCUGUUACCGCGCGCGAGAGGUCGUGGUAGUGGGGAUGAUGAUGAUGGUGGUGAAGGCUCAUUCGGUGAACGCUCCCGGCUGAGACGAGGCCUGAACGAGAGCGAGCGAGCGAGCGAUCAUCGCUUAUUCAUCUUCUUGAGGAAUGAGAAUCCUACAUCAUCACCACCGCCUCCCGAACACCAUCGCCACCAUCAUCCUCUUCCACAUCAUCAGUGUCAGCCACCUCGUCGCAGGGAGGUCACAGAAACCAGCUGCUACCGGUAGGAGCCACGCUCCGGUGAUCCACCUAUCCCAGGAAGAUGUCUUCCUGCCCAGAAUCCUGGAGGAGUUGCGGAGUCGUCGUGACGUCCCCCAGCACCAGCAGGGUCGCUGGCCCGACCGGGCGCGAUACGCGGUGCGGGUCGGGGGCCGGGACGCUGUGGUGGCGCUGCGGAGGAACCGGGAGCUGAUGUCGCGAGACUACACGGAGUUCCACUACCUGGCCGACGGGACGCCGGUGACGAACACGACGGUGGAACGGAGCCACUGCCUCUACCAGGGCCACGUGGAGGGGGAGCCGGGCUCCUCUGUCAGCCUCAGCACCUGCGACGGACUCCGCGGUCUCCUCCGUGUGUCCCACGGGAGCUACGUGGUGGAGCCGCUCCCCGGCUCCUCCUCGGGGGAGCACACCUCGUCGCGCGUUCGCCGCUCCGCCGAGCCCCACGCCACCUGCGGGGUCGCGGACGCGGCGCCUUCCCCUCCUCCACCGUCGUCGUCCCCGCCUCCUCCUCGUUAUCGUAACCGCGAUGCGUCGCCGUGGUCGCCGCAGUGGCGGACGGGCCGCCCCCGCGUGGCGGCAAUGGUGGCGCCCGUCACCGAGGUGCAGCGGGCGCUGCUCUCCGACACCAAAUACGUCUCGCUCGUCAUCGUGGUGGACAACGCCGAGUUCGUCAAGUUGGGGCGCGACAUGCAGCGGGUGCGCCAGCGCGUUCUGGAGGUCACGAACCACGUGGACAAGCUCUACCGCCCGCUCAACAUCCGCGUGGCGCUCGUGGGCCUGGAGGUGUGGACCCACGAGGACAAGGCGCCCAUUACCUCCGACCCCAAGCUCACCCUCGACCGCUUUCUGGACUGGCGCUUCCUGCACCUCGUGCCGCGCAAGCGCCACGACAACACGCAGCUCCUCACCGGGAUGGACUUUGUCGGUGACACCGUGGGCCUGGCUCCCAUCUCGGGCAUGUGCUCCAUCCGCCAGUCUGGUGCCAUCAAUCAGGACCACCACGUGAGCGCGGUGGGCGUCGCCACGACGAUGGCGCACGAGAUGGGGCACAACCUGGGCAUGACGCACGACUUGGCGGAGCGGGGCUGCGUGUGCGCCACGCCCGAGGAGCGGGGCGGCUGCCUCCUGUCUCCCGGACUCGGCUCGCUGUUCCCGCUCGAGUUCAGCAGCUGUAGCCAGGGGGACCUGCGCAACUUCCUCCUGACGGGGCUCGCCGAGUGCCUGCUGUCCCCGCCGGCGCCCGGCGAAGUCUACGGCGGCUCCGUCUGCGGCAACCUCUUCCUGGAGCCCGGAGAGGAGUGUGACUGCGGCACCGCCGAGGAGUGCACCAACCCCUGCUGCGAUCCGCUCACCUGCCGUCUGCAGCCCGGGGCCGAGUGCGCGCACGGGGCCUGCUGCGACAGCUGCAAGGUGGCACCGGCGGGCAGGGAGUGCCGCCCGGCGCGAAGCGAGUGCGACCUGCCGGAGUCGUGCGACGGCGCCGCCCCGUCGUGCCCUCCCAACCUCCGCAUGGCGGACGGCACCCCCUGCCAGGGCGGCGCCGCCUUCUGCCACUCGGGCGCGUGCCCCACGCCGCACCAGCAGUGCCGCUCGCUCUGGGGCGCCGGUGCGGACGUGGCGCCGGCCGUGUGCUUCGAACGUGUGAACGUGCAAGGAAACAAGUACGGCAACUGCGGCGUGGACACGCGCGGCUACGUGGCCUGCGCCCAGAGGGACACGCGAUGCGGGAAGCUGCAGUGCGUGGGGGGGGAGGGCUACCCCAUAACGGGGGUCACGUACACCCUGCGCGUGCCCUGGGGGGCCGCCCUCACCGUCUGCAAGAUCGCCGGGCACGAGAGCGACCGCUCGGGGCGGCCCCCCACCGCCGGGGAGCCCCCCGCCGGCAGCGUCCUCUCCGGCACCAAGUGCGGCGACGAUAAGGUGUGCGUCUUUGGGAAGUGCCAGGACGUGAGCUCGCUGGGCGCUGACGAGUGCACGGCCAAGUGCAACGGCCACGGGGUGUGCAACAACCUGCACAGGUGUCACUGCGACCCCGGCUGGGAGCCUCCGUUCUGCCUGGAGCGUGCGAGUGGAACAGGGCUGCCAGUGGUGGUGGUGGUGUGUGCGGUGGUGGCGGCGGUGGUGGCGGUGGUGGUGGCAGCGGUGGUGGCGGCCGUGUGUGUCCGUCGACGGAGGAGAACGAGCAUCGGCUACAAGCAGCACGACAGCAGGAGCACCGCCAGCGUUGCCAAGACGACGGCGGUAGCCACCGCCAGCGUUGCCAAGACGACGACGGCGGUGGCCAUCUCAAGCCCCCGCUUCAAGUCGAGCACGAACCACGCGGCCCAACAACGGCUGCCCCUCCCCGCGCCGCCCCCAGCGGCCCCCGGCACCGUCGCCGCGACACGCGCGUUGUUCCUUCAGAGUCCCUCCGAGGCUGCCCCCGCUCCUCCCGGGGCUCCGUUCAGGCCGCGGCCCCUCAAGUCGGUGACCUCGCCGACCUCGCCGACCUCGCCGACCUCUGUGGCAGCGCCACAGCCCAGGCCCCGCCCGCCCGUCCCCUGCAAGCCCCUGCCGCUUCUCUCCACCCGCAUUAGGGGGGGGGGCCCAUCCCGGCCACUGCUGCCCCCCAAACCGCUCAUGCCCCCCAAAGUUGGGCCGCGGUGACACCCUCCCCCCCCACCCGACAAUUUUAUUUCUUGUUAUGCAUCGUCGUUUUUGACGGCAGUAGCAUCUGCCAAUGGUCUAUCCACUGCUGAAGGCCGACACUUGUUCGUCACCACGUGCCAUGACCCAACUGCUGGAUAGACUCGAUACACUGCUGCCUAUAUUCUUAGUUCUUUCGGUAAAGUCACGUUUUAUUAUUUUGUUGUUUCCCUUCAACGUGACUUUACCGAAAGAACUCAGAAUAUGAAUUACUGCAGUCACGAAAGCUUUAAAUCAAAAUUUACACUACUACCUAUUCACAGUCCUGAAACCCAUCUGUCUCGUCUCGCCGAUGCACUCGCGAUGGGCCCCGUCGCUCGACCUCCACGGCACCUGGUCAUCCUCAAGAGGCCGCAGUCCUUCCUUUGGCCGCCAUGCCGUCGCCGGUCUUGUUCAUUGGCCAUAAUCGAACAUUAACGACCAUAAUCGACCCUUCUGGCGAUUAAAAAACGCCACCGGUCCAAGCCCGUUUGCCGCAUCACCAGUCCGUCCCUCCAUUAGUGUGAUGCCUCCGACGUUUGUUCGUUCCCGGAUCCACGUGCUCCUCAUCCCCCAUUUUGAAGACUGAAAAUUACUUGAAUAUUCGUGGCGAUUGAGAGACUCUCUUCACAAGGCUGGAGUGUAUUUAUCAUUGGCAACAUCGACUUGACGCUGUUUAAUUAAUGGCAGCUGAACCUGGAUAUCGGCCCUGGGGGAUCUUAAGGGUGCUGGUUUUGGCCAUUAAAACUCCCUUCUCUUUUCAGCCAGCCGGCCCCCACCUAAGGCUGAAAUAAUUAUUAACUUAUCAUCUCAGCCCAGCCUUGCCUCAAGAGGGUCCCACACGAUCUCACAAUGACGUGUUGUCUUCUGAAAGUACUUUUUUAACCUUUUUUAUGCUUUUACAAAGCAGCUGUGAGGUCUGCAAUGGUUUACUGGUCCUAAGUGAAUUUUUUAUUUAUGGGGGUUUUUUUAAUCGCGAAUUUGCGUUCGAGCCCGUGAGGUUUGAAAGUCUGUUGACCAAAAAUACGUGCGACUAAUGAUAAUAAACAUGCUCGAUCAAUGCCAAUUA